AUGUCGAACAUUCUUCUCGACACCCUCAAAGAGGGCCUAGAUCCAAAUCUAGCAGCCUUGCUUAACAGUGAUGAGAAAUUGAAAAACGAAACCCAACACUACCUUGAGGAAUUGCUAGUGAACGCUGAGCUUCUUUCAACUGAGAUGUUCACCACAUCUACUGGACCCAGCACUGACACAAAUACAAAAAAUUUGGUAGAAGAGAUCGCAGAGUUGGAUCACCAGCUGCGACAGAUCGAGCUUCAGUUAGCGUCCAUUGCAAAUGAGCACAGAGACUUGAUUAUCGGCGUCAGUAAGGACGUGAGACAUGUCAACAAGACAAUUGCGGAAGAUCUUCCGAAAGAGAUCAAGGCAAUGAAAAUGGGCUUUGCUGGUAAGAGCUUCCUAGACACAAAGGUUGCUAAGAAAGUGAGCCGUGCUAUCGCGGCUAACAACUCCAUUUUGCUGAACAUGGACUCUAUACUUGACAUCUACGAGCUUCCUACCCUUUGUGGCCUUUGCAUAAUGCAGGGUAACUACCAAGAGGCUCUUGAGAUUUCCACACUGGUGAAGAUGCUCACAGUGAAGUUUCCAAACUCCCUUACUUUCAAAAAGCUCCAAGAUCAGAUCGACAACGAGCUCAAAGUGAUGGUUCGUGGUCUUAUCAAGCUCCUCAACACGAACUUGAAGCAGUCCAACAUCCUAAAGAUCUUUCAAAUUUUAAACAGGCCAAAUCUCGUUCCAAAUGAGGAGUCCUUGAACGGGGAUGACCAGAAUAUCUCUGGAAACAAGACCCUUAAACUCAUCUAUUUGAACUCACGGUUCAAGUUCAUCAUGAACGAAGUGGCUAGUCUAAAACCGCUUUUGAAGCUUAAAAAGCUAACGUACUUGAAGCGGCUUAUCGAAAUAUACCGUGAGCAUCUCUACAACUCGCUUUCGAUCUACCACGCUAUUUUUUUGUCAUCUGGUCUCCAUGUCGACGCUGACGACGACAAAGUGUUGUUACACAUGUACAUAAAAAAGUUGGUGUACUAUAUGAUCGAAGAAUUAAGAUCACAUCUUCCAGCUGUGGGGGAAGGUGACCGCGAUGCCGAUGAAAUUGAAAAGGCUGGAAUGCGUGAUGGCGUUAUAUUACAAGUUAUCUACCUUUGCAGGUCAUUGUCGAAGUACGGUCUUGAUUUCGAAAGUUUCAUUACUUGGGAAUUAUGCAUGAAAGAGCCAGUUCUCAUCCAGAAAGCAGACUGGACGAGAAAUCUAAUGAAGUGGAAGAAGUUUAAGUCAUGA